AUGGUGCUUGGCUUCCUUUACUGCUGCUCCACUUACCUUUGUAUCGCCAUCGUUUUCUUUUCCUGUUAUUUCUUUCUAUGUAACCGUGUGACCAUCGUUUCUAUCUAUCUAUCUAUCUAUCUAUCUAUCUAUCUAUGUUCAUAUCUGUCUAUUUCAUUUAUUCAUAUCGAUAUAUCUAUCUAUAGUAGCCUUUUCCAAUCACAUUUUGUUCCCAUGUAUCUAAACAUGUUAGUUCCUUUUUUCUUUUUCCUAUCUAUCUAUCUAUCUAUCUAUCUAUCUAUCUAUCUAUCUAUCUAUCUAUCUAUCUAUUUAAUCCGUUUAUAUCGAAGGCAUCACUCUCCCCACCAGAAACUGCGAUAUUUGCUUCCAUCGCUAGCUUUUCUUGACACAUGUCAAUCGAUAGGCAGGCGCUUACCAUUCCGUGUGUUUCUAUCUAUCUAUCUAUCUACUAGUGUGUUUCUAUCUAUCUAUCUAUCUAUCUAUCUAUCUAUCUAUCUAUCUAUCUAUCUCACUCUGUUCAUAUCUAUCUAUCUAUCUAUCUAUCUAUCUAUCUAUCUAUCUAUCUACCAGUGUGUUUCUAUCUAUCUAUCUAUCUAUCUAUCUAUCUAUCUAUCUAUCUAUCUCACUCUGUUCAUAUCUAUCUAUCUAUCUAUCUAUCUAUCUAUAUUUUUAUAUUACAAACUAUAG